UUCAUCUUUCAAUUUCAAUUCAUAUUUUAAUUCAUGUUUUAUAUUUCCUAAUUUGCAGAAAUGUUUAAGUUGAAAAUUGAAAACGAUUAUUUUAAAUAGUAAUUCAGUCGUUCAGCAGUUCAAGUUAAUGUCUUAUUAUAAUGGUUUUUAAUAGUAAAACAGAUAACUCAAAAGUAAAGCGCUAUAAUGGAUGAACGGCGAGUUGCGGAUUACUUUGUUGUGGCUGGUUUGCCCGAGAAACCUGAAUUAUUAGACGAUUCGGAUUCUGGACAUCUAAAAGGCUAUAACUCUAAAGCGCCUAUAACAGAUAUUGGUGUUCUCUUCCCGAGCCUUGGAGAAACAGUGCCAAGUGGAUAUGAGUUAGUUGAGUUUACUCCAACUGGUCUAUCAGCUAACUUGAACCAUGGCUCAAUGCGAUCUCUUGAGUGUUUUUUAUGUUUACGAAGGGGACGUGACAAACCCCCCUUAGUGGAUAUAGGUGUUAUGUACGAUGGUCGGGAACGUCUUAUGGCGGACGCUGAGAUGGUCAUGGUAUCUGUGGGUGGUCGUGUGGCGAAUGUCAAUAACUCAACAGCGAAGACAUUCAUCACGUAUCGACGAGCGCAUCCCUCCGCGCCUUGUAAUGCGCUCGUGGUUGUCGACAUAUGUGUAGUGGUGACCAGCCGAGGAGAGAUGUCGCCACAUGCCUUCUGUAUGAUUAACAAGAAUUUGAACAAAGGUCUAAUAGGUAGCGAUGUUUUCCUUUGCUACAAAAAGUCAAUGAACCGUCCACCACUUAUUGCAUACAAGCCAGAAGUAUUGUUCAGGUACCCAAUGGUAGACAGGCGUAGUCUGGCUUUCCCCACAUCCGUGCCAUUGUUCUGUCUACCUAUGGGCGCAACGCUGGAACUGUGGCCUAACAACGCGGCGGCGCCCAAACCUGUCUUCUCUACCUUCGUACUAACAGUCGCUGAUGCUACCGACAAGGUGUACGGGUCCGCGGUGACGUUCUACGAGCGGUACCCGCACGAGCAACUGUCGCCAUGGCAACAGGAGCAGCUGGGCUGGCGCGCGGGCGUCUCCCACAACACGCACUCUACGCACGUCAUCAAGUGCAUCUGUCUGCUCUCACGGUGGCCCUUCAGUGAUACCUUCGAACGUUGGCUACUAUAUAUAUUGGAAAUGUCGUGGAGUGAGGAACCCCUACAUAUACCAGUUGAAAGAUAUAUAACGCAUCUAUUGGAGGAGGUACCAUUUCCAGAGCCAAGGAUAUUAUUACAGCUGUCAGCUACGCAUGCGCACGAGCGUGUGAUAGUAACCCGUCGUGAUGAGCAACCGCUAGCCCGCAGCGGUGCAGGCUUCCGCCAGUUGCUGCUCAACCUCGGCCCCGACAAUUGUCUGUUGCUGCUGGCCCUCGCCAUCACCGAACAGAAGAUACUUAUACACUCGUUAAGGCCGGAUACAUUAACAGCAGUUUCGGAAGCUGUAUCAAGUCUACUGUUUCCCUUCAAAUGGCAGUGUCCGUACAUACCGCUGUGUCCGUUAGGCUUAGCUGAGGUGUUGCACGCACCACUUCCAUAUCUAAUAGGUGUUGAUUCGAGAUUUUUUGAUUUGUACGAACCACCACCAGAUGUCACCUGCGUCGAUUUAGAUACGAAUAAUAUAACAAUAUGCGAGUCUCAGCGUCAUAUAUCGCUUAAAUUGCUUCCAAAGCGACAGGCGCGAGCGCUGCGACACUCGUUAGAACAACUAUAUGUUAACAUACGGCCUGCAUCACCAGUUCAACGAUCCAGUAAUAAAUUUAAUGGCGAACCUACAACAAGUUUGGAUAGAGAUUUCCAAAGAAGAAGAAGAGAACAAGCUUUGGAAUUGAAGAUACAAGAAGCCUUCCUCCGUUUUAUGGCGAUGACACUCCAAGGAUACCGGAGCUACUUGAUACCAAUCACCAAGGCCCCUACAGUCGGCACCACUGACCCGCACGCUCUCUUCCAUAUGGAGGCUUUCAUGCGCUCCAGAGAUAAGACGCAGCAGCGUUUCUUCGCGCUGAUGAUGCGUACGCAAAUGUUUACUCGCUUCAUCGAAGAGCGUUCGUUCGUUUGUGACGCGGACGUGGGGCUGACGUUUUUCGAUGAGUGCAUCGAACGCGUGGCUGCUGGUGACGGACACCCUCUCCUGGGGGUUGAUGCAUCCAACCUAUCAGAGAGAACCGUCUUCGUAUUACCUCCAGAUCCACCGCAACCAGAUAAGACAUAUACAUACUCGACGUUCGAGCUGGACAUGGAUCUGGUGGAGGUGUGCCGGGGCUGCACGGGCGGGCGCGGCGGCGCGCUGCAGACUCUGCCCGCAGCAGCGCUCGCCUCCGCAGAAUCCCUCGCCGACGCCUCCCCCAUGGCCAAGCGCACCAAGCAGGAGAUCGCAGCUGCACAAAGACUAGCUAAAAAGGCGAGUGAAUACCCGGAGACGUGGGCGAAGUGCCUACUAGGCGCGUGCUACUCGCUGUACUUUCUGGCUCUGCCGUGCCGGCUGGCGUUGCAGAGAGGUCGCGAGCACGCCGCAUUGCGCAAUGCUUUUGAACUACUAGAACGUGCUACUAAACUGCGAGUACCGUGUGAUGAGGUGUGUUACCGGGUGAUGAUGCAGCUGUGCGGGGUGCACUCUCUGCCCGUGCUGGCGGUGCAGCUGCUCUUCCUCAUGAAGCGCGCUGGCCUGCAGCCAAAUGCACUCACCUAUGGAUACUACAACCGCUGCGUGCUGGAGGCUGCCUGGCCGAAGGAUAUGCCUAGCGGAUCGCAGCUGCUCUGGAACAAGUUGCGAAUCGCUGUGGUAGGUGCAGCAUUGUUCCGUAAAGCGGGCGCGUUGCGAGCCAGCCGCGCCGCCGGACAUCUGCCGCACAAUCCAGGCAGUAGCAAUACAUUGCCGCGAGUGCGUGCGUCCGGCGAACUUGAGGUGCCGCCGUUGCAAGAGCACGCUCGUAGCCGAUCCAGUAUUGAUUCAGCGGGCGGAGCACUGGAGGCGCUGUGGCGACGCGCCAACAUAGUACGUGCUGCGCCGCGACGACCGCGUGCACAUGGUCUCUCAACUGCGGCUGGCAUACUUAUUUCAGGUUUGCCAUCUAAUCAAGAUUUAAGUGAAGUGACCAGACCAAGAAGUAACUCACUGGGUAGUGAGGAAACGACCCCACCGACGCCGUUAUCCAUUAAAGAAAAACGUCAGACGAUCCACGUGAGCCCCGACAGCCCCACAGACCUGCGCAUACUGACGCGCUCAGAGAGUUUUGCUGGCGACGCACAAAUUGUACAGAAUCUACAGAGGCUAUCUUUCUCUAGUGGUACUUCAAAUCCCAAGUCACGAUGUUCGAGAACAUUAAGUUUCCCUGAGGAAACUGACAAGGAACUGAACGCGAUAUCUAACAAAGAAGAAGCCAAAACAUCUCCACUCAAAGUAUCACCCCGUACACCUGUGCUGGCGGAUGAUCCACUGGGUGCGUUAGGUGUGGAGGCUGCGAGCGAGGUGGGUGUGGCGCCGGCGAGCACGCCCUCUCCGCCGCGUAGCCCGCCGCAGCGCCGCCACGAGCUCAGUGCCAGCCCCAAGCUGUUCCGUCGUCGAGCUGGCUCCUAUGCUGAUGAGGAUAAGGAUGACCAGCCAGGGAACCUGCACAGGAGCGAGACAGCGCCUGGAACUAUGUCAUCUGGUCUUGUCAGUUUUGGGAACACGCUUAAGAUCAAUUUCGGACGCUAUUCGCCCGGCAGACUGUCCUUCCGCAAGGAAAACAUGAAACUUGGCAAGGCAAUGAUCGAGAAUUAUUUCAGUCCUACGAGUAUAGCGGGUAAGAAGUCAAACGAGUUAUUGCAGAGCGGUCUUAGCAGUCUGAAGUCAGCUGCGACCAGCAUGGCGAAGAAGUUCGAUGAAAUGAAGGAAGUGAUAUCAGCAAACUCGACUCCCGUCAAAGGUGCCUUCGGUAACGCGACCAGUGCACUGACGAGCUUUAUCACUGAAGAGGACUCGAAUGAUGGAUCUUCUGAGUACAAUCCUGAUGAGGGUUCUAUCGGCGGCGGGUUCAGACGCUCGUCCAGCGACGCCGAGCUUGCGUGCAGUAUGGAGCGCGGCUCUCUCUCCACGCUGCUAUCCCAUCUACCUGACAAUCUAUACCCACAACACGCUGAGAGUUCGAAUCCUGAGAAGGCGUCGGUGCGCGUACAGCUGACGUCAUGCUCACAGUGUCACCAGUGUCUGGGCGCGCUGUACGACGAGGAUAUAAUGGCGGGCUGGGCGGCCGACGACUCCAACCUCAACACGCGCUGCACAGCAUGCGGCAGGCAUACAGUGCCGCUACUCACUGCACAGAUAUAUCGAGAAGGGCAAAGUCAACCUGAAACAAUAAGCGUACCAUAUUUGAAUCCUUUAGUUUUAAGGAAGGAAUUCGAGUCUAUAUUGGGUAGAGAAGGUGACUUAUGUUUAGCGGAGCCAGAGUUCGUGGAGUCCCAUCCAAUAGUGUACUGGAACCUGGUGUGGUUCUUGGAGCGCGCUAACAUUGAGAACCAUCUGCCGGAUCUGCUCUGUCCCAACUUCUCCGCUAAGUAUCAGAGCUGUGAUACACUGCAUGACACUGAUAACUCCGGUUGCGUGGUGCAGUGCUACUGGGAGAUGUCGCGGGGUGCGGGUGGGGGCGGGGGCGAGGGUGCGGAGGCGGGUGCGCCGCUGCACGCGGUGUGGCGAGCACGACGCGCGCAGCCGCCGCGCUCUCAGCAGCUGCGCGCGCUGCUCCUCACUGAACACGACUCACGUGCAGCGCAGACGGUGAUAGUGGCGGUGCUGGACGGGUUGCUGAGCAACGACCUGUCAGACGCGCUGCGCAAGCUGGCCGCCUGGCGCGAAACCUCCAACCCCAACAAACGAUACCCAUCCUUUUAUAGAGACAUAGUAUUCCUGUCUAUGUGGGCGCUGGGCGAGCAGAACAUCGACCUGGUGGCCCUACAGCGCGAAUACACACGCGCGCUCGAGCAGCUAGGCGGCGAGGCGCGCCCUACAGACUUGCCGCCCUCGCCUACUGCGAUUUGCUGCCGACAUUACUUCAAACGUCUAGCACUCGCACGAUAGUCUACUGGACGAAAACCAUCAUGUCAUUCCUCUGUCAACAUCUGUCUCUCUCCUGUCGUCAUUAUCCAGUAAACUCCAGCAACCUAUAUCAUUUAUUUCUGAGAAACCCACUGAAAAUAAAAUAUUCACUGUUUUGCAUGUAUCGUAAUCGUCUUACGAUGAUUUUACAAUUUAAUUCAGAUUUUAUUACUAAUCGCGUUGUCCUAUCUAAAUGUAUGUGCGUCGUAUGGAGGAUCGCAUUAUUUAACAAAUUUGCGUCCAUAAAUAUUUCCGAGCCGAUAUCAUUUGAAUAGGCCAUCAAAAAUUGAAAAAUAUUGCAAUAAAUUAACAUUUUAGCAAGAUUUAAUGCUGACGUAGACACAAAAUUAAACCAUUGGUUAAUGUUUAUGUCGUGAUUUGAAUAGUUUUCUUUUAAAUAAAAUAGUACAAAAGUAAUAAAAAGAAAACAUCACUGAAGAAAAAACCAGUUUACUCACCCCUUUAUUCGUGUCGCGAAUAUAAACAUAUGGAAGACAGAUUUUUAACUGUUAAAAAGCAAAUUUUUGCAAGCAUAAUGAAAUAGAAAGAGGGAAAUGUAUUUUACUCAGGUGUUUGCUUAUAACUCUGCCUAUCUUAUUAUAUGACCGACGUGAAUGCUUUCUUAGUAAACAUCAUAAAUAUUGGCCUAAAUUAAUUAGUGUAUAUUCACGUAAAAUUGCCCCAAUUUGUGGUUAUAAUUAUUAAUAAAUAAAAUACAUAAAAUGUUAUUUAAACGGGUUCUAAAAUAUAAAAGUUUCGAAAUCAUUUGCACUUUUUCAAAAGUAUUAGAUAAGUGUUUAAUUUUAACAUGUUUGUGAUAUAUGUGCAAAAAUUAUUUACUGUAAUUAAAAAAUAACCCUGUGGUAUUUUAGUAUACCUAUUUUUGCUGCCUAUAUACAAUUCUGGGUUCAAUUUCAAGCAAAAAUUAUUUAAUAAAUUGCAAAGCAUAUAACAAAAGGACAUACUGUUAUGUAUAGCAAUAAAUUACGACUCGAAAGUGAAUUCUAUCAUAUUUAUUUUAAUUAUAAUACGAAGAUAAAUCGAAAUAAUCAUUAAAUUUUUUAACUAUAACAAUGAAUAUA